AUGACUUCGUUCUGGUCUCUGGCACGCUUCAUACAGCCUCACAGCCCGUUUAGCCUCUCAGGUUUGGGUUCUGUGCGUACGGCCACAAAACGCGCAGGAGGCAGCGUAUCGAAUAACGGCGGCUCGCCAGGGAAGCGGUUAGGUGUCAAGAAGUACUCAGAUGAGUUCGUGAAGGCUGGCAACAUCCUCGUUCGACAGCGCGGCACGCAGUUCCACCCUGGCCAGCAUGUGGGAAUCGGGCGCGAUCAUACCCUCUUCGCACUCGUGCCCGGCUAUGUGCGCUUUUACAAAGAGAUGCGCAUGCGAGGUGCGCGCAAGUAUGUGGGCGUUGUGCUCAACAAGGGCGAGAAACUGCCAAGGGACGACAGCGCUUUGGGGCGUAGUCGCUACUUUGGCCUUGUGAACCUCAACGCAUCUUCCGAUGUGUCAAACCAAUCUACCACUGCUUGA